UAAUUUAAUCUAAUUACAAGUAUGUAAUUUUGGAUCUGGUGAUUAUGUAAUCCAUAUUACAUGUAAUCAGUUACUACCCAGCUCUAUUAAUAAAUAUAUAAAAUCUGUUUAAAAAAAUGUUCAUGCCCAAUAUUAAUUGACACAGCAGGGUGGACAUGUUAUGAAUUACGCUAUUAAACAAGUCUUCUAAAAAUGAGGAAAUGAGAGAAAUGUUAAUGACUAAUUACUUACCUUUGCUUUCCCUCCAAGGAAAUGAUUUCAUGAUCAUGAUUUAGGACAUAUGAUUAUAAAAGGAAACUCGACACCAGUGUAACAGGAUGGACUGGAGUUUGAGAGACAUAAACUAAUUGAAGUGUUUUACACAUAGAAAAAAUUUGUAUAUCAUAUGUAUACCACACUAAAUUGAGUCAAAGAGAAUGAGUAAAUGUAUAUGUCCAGUAUAUUUCUUCUUCUUUGGCUCUCAACGAAGGCGGUCACAUUUUCUCUCCCUCUCCUCCCCCUUGCCUUCCCUUCUUUGCUCCUCUCGUCUCGUCUAUUGUCUUAUACUUUGAGAGACUCUCUCCACACUGCUCUCCAAACUAAAAAUCUAAGAAAUCAUGGAUUUGAUCAACUGGUCUCUGAAGGCAAUUGACGCCAUCUUCUCGACGAGAAGCUUAGGUUCGGGGGAACCUGACUGCCCUGCCGAAACGUUCGCAGCUGGCUACACGAUGGACGCGUGGGAGAGGUGGCGGGUCGUGUGUCUGACGGCUCUUUCCGUGGAGGACAUUGAAGAUAUCUACCUAUUCAGAACCAUGAUAACAGGUCUUCUGUUGAUUGGAUUAGGCAUUGCCCUGGUUUAUCGAGGAAUUCAGGAAACGGUAACAGCUGUCCAAAGCCUCACAAGGCUGCCCGUCAUGAUUGAAGCAGUGGGCAGAGCGGUCAGCACUGAGACUGGGACUAUUAACCGCAAUAUGGAUAACAUCACAAAGAAACUCACGGCUUUGCAAAGGCAAAUGGUUCGAUUCGGAGACCAGAAUGAGUAGUCGUGUAAAUUGGAAUGCGGCUACUCGCCCCAAGACCGAACAAUCCCAAUCUUAUCUGCUUUCGGCUCCCCUCAACCAGCACUGGACUCAGCCAAGGCUGCUGUUGGAACAACAACUCCCCCGGAAGAGCACUGCAGUGAGACGCUCUUACGUUCCUCCCCCCUCUCCACAGACACCUGCUGAUUGUUGACUCUGUCUGGGACCUGAUCAAGGCUGUCUCCAUGGCAACUUGCUGUGUAUCGCUAUGAUAAUCCUGCGGACUGAGGCACCUAGAUUUGAUGCCAGGCGUGGUGGCUCUACAUACACACACACACACACACACAUACGGACACAUAUAAAGAUAUGCAUUCACCCCCCCCCAUCCCCAAUCCCUCGCCUUCGCCGCUUUGUUCCGCCAGUCUGACAAGCAGGUCUGUGACCAGUGCCGAGAAUGGCUGCAGGACCGGAUGGCUGCUUGCCUGUGCUGGAUUACCUCCACCCCCCGCUCCCCUCCCCUGUUGUGAUGAUAUCUGGUGGAUUGGGCAAAUAUGCAAAGGAUCCAAAGUUUGUGACGGUGACAAAACACGAGAUCGCAGAUGCUUGCGACAUGACAAUUGAUGAGAUGGAAAGUGCUGCUAGCAAUUUACUGAAUGUGACACUAGGCCACGGGCCGGAGGCAGACGAAGCGGGCCUGUGUCAGAACAAUCUGCGUGACUACAGCGAUGAGGAGACGGACACGAGCAAUAAACGCGAGGAGGAUCUCGCAGACGAAAUGAUCUACGUCUCAGUAUUAUAGUACAGAACUCAUAAUACCCUCAAACUAAAUAAUGUAGAAAAUGAGGUAAUCGUGCCUUUACACGGGAGUGUCAUGGGGAGAUCUGCUGGCUUUACCUUUUAUUCUGACCUUUUCAUUUAGUUAACAAAGCUUUUGAUAUCUUGGGAAUUUCCAGCAAGAUCCAAAUGUGAUGACAUUACCGACCGAAGUGUUUUCCUCUGAAUCUAUGCAUGCACUGGACCUUUGAAGAUCCCCAACAAACUUACCAGCCAAAGUCCACUUGGUCAAAGGUACCAAACAGCAUUUCCCCAGACCCAUUCAGGACACUUUCACCAUUUGAGUCAAGAAUUUUAUUCACAAAUUAUAUAACAAUAAUUAUAAUGGUAUAAACAUGGUACCUCCUGGUUGGGUAACUAAACUAUAUUCCAAGUCUUUCAAAUUAAAUGUCACAAAAAGUUGUGACUGACUGAAUGUCUCUUUCACUCCUUUUUUCUACUUUCCAUAUUCAAAGCACAUCAAUGUUGGUGACAUUUGGCAUAAUUGACUUCAAAUCUGCCGCAGCAUACUGGAAUGCAAAUUUAAAGCUGAUCGUCUCACUUGAAAUAUAGUGCACAAAUUAAAUGGAGUUUGGAACUCUGAACUUCAUUUAUGUUUCAUGGGAAACAAGGCCAGAAAAUAUUUUUUGGGGUGAAUGUAAGAAAACACAUAAACGGAAAUGCAAAUGAUCCAUACGCCUAGUUUCACAUGCUGAAAUAAAAAUGCAAGAUGCCAAUUUUGGUGGUGGAAGAAAAUUUUUAUGAUAUGAAAUAUU